AUGAGAGUUUUUUGGGUUGUACUUUGUUACUUGGAUACUUUGGUCAAUAUAUUGAAUAUAAAAAUACAAGUUAUUAGUCUUCUUCCAAAUAUAAAAAAUUAUCCUUUUCCUUUCAAUUUUGAUUAUUCAAAGAUAGAAUGGAAUAGAAAACUAGCUGAAUUGUCUACAUACACAGAUGACAAGAUUAAAAAUACAUCAGGCUCUAAUAUUAAAGAAGUAGAACAUCAAUAUAAUAGAGGUGAAAUAAAAAUACCUGAAGGUGUAGUAGGGCAUGGAUAUGAAAGCAUAAGAGAAUUAUUUCCUGAAUUAGUUGAUGAAUUAUUUGUCUGGAAUUAUGAUAAAGAGUUAAAAAGAGAAAAGGAAUUAUAUAAAAUUACUUAUGAUGUAUUAAAAAAAUUUGAGCGUAAUGUAAAAGUAUAUAAUAAUGAUUUACUUCAAAAUAUGAAUGCAGUAUUACGUCCAUUAUAUAAAUCUAUAGUACAUAAUGAUAUACGCUUAUUAAGAUUAAUGUGUGGAGACAAUAUGGAUUUAAAUAUUAAUACUAUUGGACAAUUAAUGGUUGAUGGUAAAACUGUUUCUAAUUAUUUAACUAAUAUUUCUUUUGAAACUAAUAUGGAAUAUAUUGCAGAUGAUAUAAAAUCAAGUAUAAAUAAACAAAUUACUCUAAACCAUGGAAAGUUAUUACAUUUAUCUUCCGAACAUAUGAAAUUACAAAGAUAUGUUAAAUUAUUACAUUUUAUUGUUGUUAGAAUACCUCUAGUUUAUUUUAGAAGUGCUAAUAAUUUUUUACUUAUGUUUCAAAUUAAUGCAAUGAUAAUACUUGAAGAAAGGUUAAAUACCGUAUUAAAUUUGAAUUAUAUAGAACAUUUAAAUUUAGGAAGAAAUUAUUACACUGUUAAUGUCGAUACCGUAAAUUUUUUACUUAAUGAUAUGCUUAGAAUAACAAAAUCGACUAUAGAUACAGAAGUUCAUAGAGCUUUUGUUAAGAUGAAUAAAGUUCUUAAUGGAGAUUUGAAAUGUUUAUUAGCUAUAUUUUUAUAUAUAUUGAAUGAUGCCAUGUCAGAAAAUACGAAAUCCAUACAAUCGUUAGAAGGAGAAACACAAGAUGAUAUAAAUAAUCAUCCUAUUUUAUCAAAUUUGCACAAAAUAUUAUUAGAUGAAAAAAAUAACAUUAAAUUAUUAAAAGAGAAAUUUGAAAUGUUUGUACAAAAUGUAUUUAAUUUUGAUAUUAAUGAACCCAGUGUACGAAAUCUACAACAAAAAUUAUAUGAAUUCAGAAAAGGAGAUAUUAUGAGUGUAUUUUAUACUAUAGUACAUCAGCUAAUUACAAUGAGGCAAAUAAUUAAAUAUAAGGAAUUUGUUGAUGAUUUACAAAAAAAAGGACAAAAAUAUAGAUCCUUAUAUAGGAAAAUAAUUGAUAGAUUUGUAGUUCCACAAUCAUCUGGAAUUUUAACAUUUCAUACUGAUGAAUAUGAUUUAUUGUUAAGGGAUUUUUUGCAUAUACGAGAAAAAGGAAAUAUUCAUUUUAACCUCUUAGGGGGUAAUAGAACCUUAAGAGCCUUGUUAAAACUAUGCCUUUUUGAAAUAAACAAAUUAAAAAUUAUUAAUAAAUUAUAUAUUGAGUUAAUGGAAGCAAUUGAUAUCUUACAUGAAGCCUCAGUAGAAGAUCCAAAUGAAAAAAUUAUGAGUAAAAAAAAAAUUGUAUUUUAUAUAUACGUACUUAAUAAAUUCAAUAAUAGAUGGGUAUGA